AUGUGGAUUUGGCUUGCCGAAGCUGAAAUGCAACUUGGACUAAAGCAGAUAUCCGAAGAAGCCAUAGAGGAAAUGAAGAAAUCGAAAGAAGUGAUCGACUGGGCAACGAUACGGAGAGAAGAAAAACGUAUCAAACACGACAUGUGCCCAAAAGCGAAAGGGAUAAUCCAUCUGGGAGCGACAUCUUGUUUUGUGCAGGACAACGCCGAUUUGAUUGUUCAGCGUCAAGCCAUCGAUUACAUCCUUAAAAGGCUUGCUGUAUGCCUCAGUCGUUUGGGUGAUUUCGCGGAGAAAACGAAGGACAUUGUUACUGUUGGAAGGACACAUUUUCAAACCGCUUCACUGGUUACGGUGGGUAAACGGGCUGUCAUGUGGGCUCAGGAAUUGUUAAUGGUUUUUAUAAAGCUUGAGUGUUUUCGUACUAAUAUGCGAUUUCGAGGUGCCAAAGGAGCGACUGGUACACAGGAUUCUUAUAUGGCCCUGUUCCACGGCGAUGAAUCAAAGGACUGUGACCUUAUCAACAUAUUAGCACUGCUGGGAGCUGCAACGAAGAAAAUAUGCACUGAUAUACGUAUACUGCAGGACGCACUAAAUACACUUGGUGAUCAAAGUUUGGAACGAACACUGGAUGACUCAGCAAUCAGACGUAUACUCAUUCCGGACACAUUUUUGCUAUCUGAUGCGAUUCUCACUAUUUUCCAACUAGGACGUCUCAGCAAAAUCAUUGUUUUGAGCGAUCUUUAUUACUUUACUGAUGAUGUGCAUAUGGAAAGUAAACCAAAAUUUGUGAAUAUGCUAGUAAUACUUUUUAAGGCAGAUAGGUCUUCUUUGUGCCUACGUUCAAAUCUUUAUAGAAAACGCACACGUAGCGCCCGAAUUGAAGGUUUUUGCGGUUUCAUCAAAUACAUAGCAAAUUAUGGAUUUAACGUUUUGCAGCAUAUUGUGGAAGGAUUGAGCGUGGAUAAAGAACGAGUUGAGGCGAAUGUUCGCAGCCGAGUUGUAGAGUUGGCGAAGUCGCCGAUCAACUUUGCAGGGCGAUCAUCUUCUCAGACCAUAAAUUUCUUGAAAAAAGAAAUGCGGCCAGUAAUCCAGAAAUACUUGAAAGAUGAUACAAAAACGAAGGUACAGCUGGAUGUCUGA